AGUCCAGCGAGAGAUGCAGAGCACCGGUGGAUGGCAGUUCGGCUUCGGCGGCAGCGCCGGCAUCAAAGACUCGUCGAAUUCGGCGAAGAGUACGGGACGCCUCAUCAGGGUCAUCCUUCUGGGCCAGCCUGGCGUCGGCAAAACCGCAAUAGCAGUGCGCUUCGCGAGUCGCCGCUUCAUCGGCGAAUACGACUGCAGCAUCGAGCGCGUCUACCGGGUCGGCUCCCAGGACUCGCUCGUCGCCUACAAUAACUCCCAGCCGUACCCGCAGCCGCACAACCAGCGCAUCCUGCCAGCGGCGAGUUGGGAGAUCGCGGAUCCACCGGGUAAUCCGGCAAAGGCGCCGAGCGAGUCUCGUCUGCGCUGGGCCGACGCUGUCCUGCUCGUUUACUCGGUCACGGACCGCGUGAGCUUCGACGAGACCUGGCGGCUCAGGUUUCUGCUCAAUCAGGCCAGGAAGUCCAGCAAGAAGUUGGCCGCGCCGGUGGUGCUGCUCGUCGGGAAUAAAACCGAUCUGGCCGGACCACCCGAUGGGGACCGUAUGGUCAGCACCACCGAGGGCAGUAAGAGAGCUAGGGACAUCGAGGCUCACGGCUUCCACGAGAUUUCCGCGAGGGAGUCGUACGAGCAGGUCACGGCCGUCUUCGUGAGCGUGGCGAGGCUCGUGCUGCUGUUGCCAGCGUCGAGCUCAGAAGAGAUGCAGCAGCAGCAGCAGCAGCAGCAGCAUCAGUUGGCUGCUGGUGGUGGUGCUUACUCAUCGAGUAGCUUCCGGCUACGAGCCUCCACCGACGGUAGUAUCGACGCGAGGAGGCGCCAGACCGUACUACAGCCUCUCUCCAAGAGGCGACUCAGCAUCUCGGCCAGGGGCGCGCCCCACUGACGUCUUUGCUCUCUCUCUCUCUCUCUCUCUCUCUCUCUCACUCUCUCUCUCACACACUCUCUCUCGACUCGAAGCAGCUAUACGCUUAUAUACUUUAUUACGUAUACUUUCACGCACGUACAUACAGCUCUCUGUGACGCGAAUCUCAGCUCUGUCCGAUACACACGCACACAUGCGCGAUGCAUAAUCGCUUGUACUCGAAAUAAACUUUUUAAAAUGCUCGAGGGUCGAGUUGCGCAUCGGGAGAUUGAAAUGAAUAUAAACGCGCGCUUGGUUAAAAACAGCGUGUUUUGUAUAAUUAUUUACAAUUAAAUUACGAGCGCGCACAGCUCUGCCGCUCGUAUUAUCUUCAGCCGUGUCGCAUUGCCGCAACGAGUGCUUUUCCGUUCUCCUCCUUGAUGGCCUCUCUGCAGCGCUGGAUGGCAUUGCUCGCCGCUUUGCCGACUGAAACGAAAUAUAUUUUACAAUGUCCCAUCGUUAUAUUUAUGUUUGUUAUGAUAUUUUAUGCGCUUAAUUAUAGCUCCACUAUCUGGCUUUGUUUAAA